AUGCAACGAAUAGUUGUUUGGCCAGAUAUCGGAUACCGGAAGUCCGGCCUGACCACCAGCCACAAGGAUGGCUUCAUAAAGGUAGAAAGGAGAAAAAAGAGGCCAACUUGUAGGAAUAAGUGCGGAACUGCACAAACUGGACCAAACAUCCUGCUGCGUCCUGCAGUACCAACGACGCAGUUGUACGUGUCCCGUCUACAUCACACCACGACAGUGGAGCAGAUCGUGGAGUAUGUCCGAUCCAAGACCAACUGGACCUUGAGGGUGGCGAAGUUGGAGUCGCGCCACAAUACGAACUUUAAUUCGUUCAUGGUGCGAGUUCCAACUCAUCACGUCGAGACAUUCUUCAAGGAAGAGUUUUGGCCGAAGGGUGUCGUAUAUCGGAGGUUCCGAGGAUGGCUACGCAUCACCACGCAGCGUAACACGACGCCGACACUUAGUGUGCAUUAG